AUCCAAACGAAAUGAUAAGACGCAACCGGUCUGUGCUUUGGCGUGCGCAAGCGUUCUAGGCAAUAAACUAUUUUAUAACGGCUAUUUUGUUUAUAAGAUUAGCCGCAACGUCUUCAUAUUUAUAUCAAGGAUAUCUCAAUGGACUGAGCAAUCUAGAAAUGCAGAAUACUUAGUUCACUACUUGCCAGCGGCGCAUAAAGUUCGAAAUUUCCGUCGCGAUUUCCGAGUGUGCCUGUGUGUGUGGCGUAAAAACUAGCAACAACUUAAUGAUAGCGGAGAGUAAAAUUAAAUAUUAAUAUUAAGUUGCUGUUGAAAUUUCUACACAUUGUUGCGCCCAGACGGCAGUUACUAAAAGACACUCGCUGUUUUAGCUUUUUUGAUGUGCUGGGGGGAGUGCGUCAGCAGAUAUGACAACAACACUAGUUCGAGGUCCUUGGUUUGGCAUACGCCAUCUGCAGGCAUUGCUGAUAUUCUUCAAUAUUGUGGUCGUCUAUUUUAGUCGAAUAAAUGUGUCCGUUUCGGUGGUGGCUAUGACCAAUGCUAAUACAACAAAUCCAAAUUUUCCGGAAUACGAUUGGAAUGAAACGCACAAAUCACUCAUCAUUUCAAGUUUUUUUUGGGGCUAUGUCAUUACACAAUUCCCUGGUGGUUACCUUAGUCGGCGUUUCGGCUCCAAAGUCGUAAUGUUGGGCUCGACUUUUUGCUCAGCCAUUUGCAGUGUGUUAACGCCGAUAUUAAUACCACUUGGUGGAUGGCAAGCUUACUGUGCGAUACGCAUUAUAAUGGGUCUCGCACAGGGUGUGGUUUUUCCGGCUAUACACCAACACCUGGGCAAAUGGUCACCGCAAAGGGAACGCAAUUUUUUGGGUACCGUCAGUCACUGCGGCACCGAUUUUGGCAUUAUUAUGUCCAUGGGUGCAAGUGGUCUCAUUGCGAGCAGUUCGAUUGGUUGGCCUGGUAUAUCGUACGUAUCGGGUGGCGCCUGCUUCCUUUGGUGUAUACUUUGGUUAUUCUUUGGUUAUGAUAAUGCGCCUUCGGCACGCUUUAUAACGCCUGAAGAACGUCAGUAUAUCGAGUCCGAUCUGAUGCGUGAAGAUAAUUUCCAUAAACAGAAUAUACCGGUGCCAUGGUUGGCGAUCUUCACCUCGGUGCCAUUCCUCAGUCUGCUGGUGGUGCGCUGUGCACAAGCUUGGGGCUACACAACACUGCAAGCACAAAUACCCUCCUACAUGGCGGGCGUAUUGAAUAUGAAUAUAAAGAGUAAUGCACUCUUCUCGGCAUUACCAUAUAUGGCAAUGUUUUGCUUGACUUUCGUUUUUCUCUUCAGCGCCGAUUUUGUCAUGUCCAAAGGCUUGCUUACGCUAACGGUUUUGCGUAAAGUGUGCAACACGAUUGCCUUAUGGGUACCGGCUAGCUUAAUGAUCGCCAUUGGUUUUCUGGAUGAAGAACAAAAGACGCUGGCGAUCGUAUUGAUGGUCUUGAAUGUCGGCUUUAAUGCGGGCGCUACAAUUGGCAGCACCUUGAAUACGAUCGAUUUGUCUUCGAAUCAUGCAGGUGUACUGAUGGGCAUUGUCAAUACAAUCGCCAAUUUUGUGCCAAUCGUAACACCGCUAUUGGUCGGCGUCAUUGUAACGGAUGAGCACGAUCGCGCGCUUUGGCAAAUUGUUUUUAUUAUUUCAGCAGCAAUAUUCUUCUUUGGAAAUUUGAUUUAUAUUAUAUUCGGAUCUGCGUUAACACAACCAUGGGAUGCACCAGACUUUUUGAUGCAUGAUAAUAUGGAGAGUUGCAUUGUUACCACGGAAAAACUAACUACUUAUAAAGUUACACCUAACGGUACUUUAAAUGAUGCGUUUGAGUUGGCCGAGCCAGAGAAUUUGAAAUGGGAAACAUCAAAGACUGAACUCAAGUGUAAUGACGAGGAAAAGGUACAGAACGGUGUGACAGCUAAUCAGCAGGGGAAACAUGAUUAGCGGUUUCUUUUGUUUUUUUGUUUUAGAAUAAAAAAACAACCUUAGUCAUUUGAAAAUGUAAGAGAUAUUUUAAAACGAGAUAUACUUCUUAAGAAGGCGUGAGUGUAGUUCAGUUGUAAUUAUUGUGUGUAAACUAUAUCUUCAAUAGCAAAUAAUGUACCAUAACUCGUGUUGUAAAUAAGUGCGUCUAGGCAAAGUUAUUAAAAUAUUCAGCAGAAACAUGAAAAUAUUUUUAUUUAUUUACCGCUAGACUAACAUGGUAAAAAAGUGUUUACAGUAGCUGUCACUAAUCUCUAUGCUGAAAUGAAGUCAGGCAGUUGUCAAUGCGUGCAUUUAUGAAGUUCAAAUAUUUGAUUUCAACUGUCUAAUUGCAGCUGAUAAACAAAUUUAUUUUUAUCUGACUAGAGACUUCAUUUAAUACAUUCUUGUGUGUCAUAGUCUUUUAUUAUAAUUCCGAUUAUAUUGAGAUUGUUGGGAGUGUUAUCUUAAUUGCAGCCACUAAACUCAGGGUUGAAAAUAGUUCGUGAUUGCGAAAGAUAAACAAAUCAUUCGUUUAAACACAGGUGAGAAAUGCAAACUUAUCAAAGUGAACAUGUUGUUUUCAACGCCUGCCUUUGCUUUUUUAUAAAAUACCCAUUUCCAUUUUAUGACUUCAUAAAAUUGAGAAAUC